AUGCCCUCCUCGCCAGCCACUCCCGCGACGGCCGGACUCUCGGCCGCUAAGCCCCCCUCCGUCUACUCCGUCACCAAAUCACCAAGCACAGGACCACACAGCGGCGCGGGUCCUUCUGCAUACAGCUCCGGCUACAGCUCCUUUCCCAGCGCCGCACAGUCACCGCCCACGACUGCCUCGACGAUGCGCCCCUCCCUCUCGGGCCUCGCGCCCGGUUCGUCGACCCCCUUUGCGCCCGUCGCCCCGCCCCCGCCGCGCCAGGCCUUUGCCUUUUCCCACGACGACACCGACCGGUCGCGCCUCGCCUACGAGACGCUGUCGGCCAGCGCCAAGGCGUACCGCGUGGCCCUCGGCCAGGUCUCGGCCGCGGCGUCCAAUUUUGGCAGCGCCCUCGAGGCCUGCGCACGGUUAAAAGAAGCUCGUGCGCAGCCCUACCCACCGGGUCCCUCUGCGCGGGGCGGCGGCGGGAGCAGCAUCGGCGGUGCCGGUCUCCUGAGCAGCGGCAGCGGCAGCAGCCUGCACGAGGCGUCGUGCACGGCCGACGUGCUCCUGGCCACGUCCGGGCUGUAUUAUCUCAUGGCCAACCAGCAGGGCAUCCUGGCCGAAACAGUGUACCGCGCGUUUGAGCUGCCCAUUGUCCACGAGCUCGACCGCUACGGCGCCGACGUCGAGGCCGAACGGGAGAGCUAUGCGGCCGGCAUGCGCGACGCCAGCCGCGAGAUCCGCCGCCUCGAGAAGGAGGGCGUCAAGCUACGCAAGCCGCGGCAGCGCGACGUCGGCCGCAUGCGCGACCACCUCGUGGCCAUGACCGCGGCCCUGGACGCGCUGACCGUGCGCCAGGCCGAGCACGCCGUCACCCUGCUGGACCAGAGCCGCGACAUGAGCGGCACCGUGAGCCAGGCGAGCCGCAACCUCGUGCGCGCCGAGGUCGACAUCCUCGACAGCCUGGCCCGCAAGGGCUGGCCCGGCGGCGGGCUCGAUGUCGUGCUGGACGGCGCCGUCGACCUGUUUUCGCGCAACGGCUACGACGACGACGACGACGACGACGCUUUGGGCGGCGGCGGCGGCAGGCUGCUGCUGGGCGGCAUGUCCAAUGGCGCAGGCAUUGUUGGCAGCAGCUCCCAUGCCGUCGUGUCGGGCGCCGGUGGCUUUCUGGGAUCCGGUGUCGCGCCGAAGCUAUCCUUGCUCGGAGGCGGCGGAGGCGGUGGUGGCGGUGCGCCGUUAUCGAGUAACACUUUGGACGAUGACCUGGUCGACAACGAUGCGGAUGCUGGUGACGAUGGGGGCAACGACGACGUCGGGAUUGGCGACGACGAGGCGAGCGAGGUGUCGACGAUCAAUGGAAAUGCCAGAAGCAGCAGCCGUGCCACGGGAAACGAUGACGCUACUGCGUCCACCAGCGGCGGCGGCGGCGGUUUCUUUAGUAUCCUGACGGGUGGUAGCAUACUGGGUCGCAAGCCAGACCAGGAUCAAGAGCGCGGUCGCUCGCCGACAAAAUGGCAACGUUCGAGCCUACGGUCACAGCAGUCACAGCAGUCACAGCAGUCGCAAAAAUCACAAAGGUCACGGCAGUCCCACCAGUCGCAAGACGCGGCCAACGAGGGAGCAUCGAUAACGGAGGAGGAGGAAGGAGAGGAUGAAGAUGAAGACGGCGACCAUACCCUCACCAUGUCCUCGAGUCAACCGGCUUCGGCGUCACGCGAGCAGCAACAACCACGCCAGGCGCGAGCCGACAGCCUGGCCGUCGAGCCGUACCAGCAUCAAUACCAGAGUCUUGACAGCCUGGCCUACGCCGAAGCCGAAGCUGCAUCGGUCACCGGCAGCGAUGCGGCUUCUAUCCAGGGACGGGCCGCGUCGGCGUCGCGCAGAAAAGCGCACCAAGGAAAACUGUCCAAGCCGACAAUGACGCCGGCCAGCAGCCGCGGCCGGUCGAGGCCCUUCUCGCCGCAGCGCGUCUCGGUUGACCCACAGGACGACCUGUUCUCGGGCCAGUUUUCGAGUCCCGAGCGGACGUCCCUCGCUUGGCUCAAGGAAGGCGAACAGCUAGAUACGCCGCAGGAAGAAAAGGACGAGAAGGAGGUGGGAAACGCGGAGGCUCCGGCCGACGACGAUGCCGGCGACGAGCGGCGGUCACAGGCGAGCGCCACGAACAGCAGCGCGGACAAAGGAAAGGGCAAGGCCAAGGCAGAGAGCGGGCGGACAACACCAACGGCAGCGGCAUCGGCAUCGAGAGCGUCCUCUACGAGGCCGACACCAGACAGUAAGCACGACGAGACGGAUGAGGGCGUGUACAUAUGGCGGCACGAGGGCUGA